GCAAAAUAACAGAAAUAAUGAACUUCAGAUUUGGGCAAAGUCAGAGAUGAGUGAGAAGGCCAAAGACAGGGAUAUGUGUGUUCUGCAAAGUUCUCCACCCUGCCCGGGAGCAUUCCUCUAUAUCCUUAAUUGUUUUCUUUUGUUGCUGCUCCAGAAGGAGGCUCUUGGCUGUCCAGCUGCUUGCCAGCUCUGCACAGGGAGACAAGUUAGCUGUCGUAAUUUAGGGCUUUUGAGCAUCCCGCGGAACUUUCCAAAAACGACAAUUCUUGUGUACCUCAGUGGGAAUAAUAUAUCGCGUGUCCCUCCAAAUGAACUAGGAGGCCUUCAGAAGCUUGCUGCACUCUACAUGGAUAACUCCAGUAUUUCAUAUGUAUACCCGAAAGCUUUUGUGGAGCUCCCCAAGCUGUGCUACUUGCAUCUAAAUAACAAUAAUAUUAAACGCCUGGAUCCAGGAAUCUUUGAAGGUCUUUCCAAUCUUCAUUGUUUAUACCUUCAGAAUAAUCGAAUAGCUUUUGUUCCCAGAGGAUUAUUUAGUGAUCUCCUUUCUGUUAGAUAUUUAACACUUCAAAGAAAUCAUCUCAGUGUCCUUGGAAGUGGGACUUUCUUGGGAAUGAUAAGUCUCCAGACACUUAACCUAGCCAAUAAUAAGAUUUCACGGAUAUCAAAUUCAGCAUUUCAUCAUCUUGAAAACCUUGCAUAUUUGUUCCUUGAAGGUAACAACUUAACACUUGUGCCAUCGAAUGCUAUUGGAAGGCUCAAAAAUCUUAAAAGACUUUCUUUGUCUCACAAUCCCAUUGGAUCAAUACAUCCUUUUGCAUUUAAAGGACUUAACAAGCUUAGAUACCUGUCUUUAAAAAACGUAAAGCUAAAAAGUAUUGCUGUAAAUGGAUUUUUUGGAUUAAACAACCUUAGCCAGUUAAUCUUAAGUUAUAAUGAUUUAGAAAAUAUAAAUUCCAGCACUUUUACUUUAUUGAACAAUUUAAUGUAUCUGCAGCUAGACCGAAAUAAAAUAACCAGUAUUGGCGAUGGUACCUUUGAAAAAAUGGGACGGUCACUUAAAAUACUCAGUUUAGCAUUUAAUAAUAUUACAGAGUUACAACCUGAAGUGCUCAAGCCCUUAGUGUCUUUAACUCAUCUACAGGUGAAUUAUAAUCCUUGGAACUGCAGCUGCAAAAUGCUUGGGUUACUUAAUUGGCUAGCAUCGUCUCCUAUUUCUGUAAAAAUUCAUUGUCAGAAUCCCCUGAGUAUGCGUGGUAGACCUUUGCAUUACAUUAAGUGGACUCAGUUUGCAAACUGCAGUAGCCCUACUGCCAGCCCAGAAACAGCCUGGAGUCUAGGAUCCGUAGGCGUCCAUCACAGCGCUACCACUUUGCUGAUGGCAUGGCAUAAGGGAAACAGGCACAACACAUUUGAACAGUUUGUCAAUGCAGAAACUAAAUAUCUUGCUUUCUGGGAAGGAACUACAGCUACAUCGCCUAACCCAUUGCCCUAUGAAGAAAAUGCUGCUGAAAUUCCAUCAUGGGCAACUACAGUAUUAUCAACAUUACCGGUGCAAAUACCAGCACAGAUUAUACCUGUUAACAGAACCGUAGAAGAAAAAGAGUUACUUCCAACAGAUGCUGCUCCUGUAUCAUUAAAAACAUCCCUACUUUGUACACAACAGGUUGAAAAGCUGAAUCAGGCUUUUGACAUUUUACUAGCCUUUUUCAUUCUGGCUUGUGCCGUGAUCCUGUUCUUAACCUGUAAAAUCGUUCAGUUUAGGCAGAAACUAAAGGUGCUGGAAAACUCAGGGGAAAAGAGAAUAGAAUAUUAUGGGUUUUAUCAGCCUGGCAGAUACAACGUAACUGACCCAGUGCAAUCUCUAACUCAGAAUUCAAUGGGGCAUUCAGAACUGGACCAAAUCAGGCUGCUCAAGCGAACAGCAUCUGAAAGUCAGGCACAGGUCAUAUUGUUUGAACAUUCAUCAUUGUAA